UCUAAUUCCCACAUCGAAUGUGUAGUUAAUCGGUACCAUACAGUACACCCCACACUAGAUUCGAUAAAUUAAAUUUCUUAUCCAAAUUCUCUAAUCAAAAAUCCUGUCAAAGUAGUUAAAUUAUUAGAUUUGUCACCGUUUUUCUAAAGUGGUCAAACGUUAAAGCGUGGCUAGCCCAAGUAAAAGAAGGAGGAUGAGUAGUUCAGAAGAAGUUUCAUGGAUCUCAUGGUUCUGUGGAUUACGCGGAAAUGAAUUUUUCUGUGAAGUUGAUGAAGAUUACAUUCAAGACAAAUUCAACUUAACAGGUCUUAACGAACAAGUACCUCAUUAUAGACAAGCCUUAGAUAUGAUUUUGGAUCUUGAACCAGAUGAUGAUUUGGAUGAUAAUCCAAAUCACUCAGAUUUAAUUGAGCAAGCUGCAGAAAUGUUAUAUGGACUUAUACAUGCCCGUUAUAUAUUAACUAAUCGUGGCAUUGCACAAAUGAUUGAAAAAUAUCAAACAGGAGAUUUUGGUCAUUGUCCACGAGUUUACUGUGAAAAUUCACCAAUGCUUCCUAUAGGUUUGUCAGAUGUACCUGGUGAAGCAAUGGUUAAAUUGUAUUGUCCUAAGUGUAUGGAUGUGUAUACACCCAAAUCAUCUCGUCAUCAUCAUACUGAUGGUGCAUAUUUUGGAACAGGAUUUCCACAUAUGUUGUUUAUGGUACAUCCAGAAUAUAGACCCCCAAGACCUGGUAAUCAAUUUGUGCCUAGAUUGUAUGGGUUCAAAAUCCAUGGUUUGGCUUAUCAAAUACAACAACAAGCCGCAGCUAAUGUCAAAACACCACUCAGACUGACCAGCUUUAAUGGAAAACGUUGAUAAAAAUAUUAAAAUAUUACUCUCAUUUUUAUAAUCUUGAAUCAAUACUAGAUUAACUAAAAACAAAUAAAAUGAUAAUUUCAGUUAAAAUUUCCCCAGCUAUUAGCUGUUUAUUAUUAUAUUAAUAAAUUAUAUUUAUAAAUUUA